UGAUCAAAUCAGCAAUUUAGAAACAAAAAUGGCCGCCAACUUAAAAACCCUAAAAAUCUCAAAUUUCCCCAGUAGAUGAACACGUUCUUCAAACUCGGAAGCUUAAUCCAACGCACUGCUUCUCAAAUCUCUUCUUCUUUCCCAAAAUCUCGUUUCUUCUCCGAUGGAGAAAGUGCUGUUUAUCACCAUGCGCGUUUGUUCAAGAAACCACUAUCUACCAAGCUUAAAUUCAAUCUUGUGAACUCCGUGAGUCUUAUGGGUUUCGUUGAUCGAUCUAUUCAAGUCAUGAACACCGGACCUGAUAGGUUCGGUGUUUUCACUAUUCUUAGAGUCAAAGACCCUCUCAAUCCAAACCGGAGCUUUAGGAUAUCACUUAGAAUGUGGGACGCAAUGGCACGGACUUGUAUUGCGCAUCUGAAGCUAAAUGAUCAUAUACUUGUCUCAGGCCGUCUUGAGUCUUACAGCAAGAGCUCCAGCGAUGUAUAUAGUGGCUUAAAUCUCGAUUAUCAGGUUAAAGUGGCAGAAGUGAAUUAUGUGGCGGCUCCACCAAGUCACGUCUUAGAUUCUCAGAUAUCCAAAAACCCAAAAACGAAAACAGAGGAUGAUAUUGAAGAAUCCAAGAAAGAUGAGAUAUACUUGUGGCAAGUCUUCUUUUCGAAUCCAUACGAUUGGUGGGACAACAGGAGAAAUAAGAAGAACCCAAAGCAACCCGACUUUAAGCAUAAAGAUACAGGUGAAGCUCUCUGGCUUUGCUCAGAUUUACCGGACUGGAUUACUAGACGACUUGAAUUGUUCGACCAGAAAAACCGCUUUUACGAUGAAGAAAAAACACGUCGUGACCGUCUUUCUGACUAUAUUUAGGACGAGAUAUUCUUGGGAAAUUACAAGUAUGUUGCAUUCACUUCAUGUUUAUCAUCUAGAGAAUGAGAGUUAACCAUCUUAAAAACCGUUUAUGUAUAGUAAAGGUUAUGAUUUUUGUGAACGUUGUAUUACUAUAUACUAUAUAAUUUUCUUAGUAGGUAUAUAUAAUUGUUUGAAGAAUCCUUAUUGCAGUUAUUCACCCAGCUCGGUGGUCAUUCAUUGGUCAGU